ACCAACAGACCAACAACACAGACAGUUUCUGUAGUUGCUGCAUCACCAAGCUUCUGGAACUUCAGAUCCAUUUCUCUGGACCUCUUUCUGGGUUGACCAGGACUUUAAAAACACAGGGAGUUAUGUGGAGGAUUCUCCUGAUGGUCAGUCUGCUCUGCUGGAGCGCUGACGGACAACAUGUGACCUGCAAAAACGAAAAGGAUCAACCAGUGGACUGGUACAUCAUCUACAAGGCACCCGCAGGUUUGGAAUAUAUUUACAUUGAUUCAGCUGGGAAGAAGAAGGAGACCUCUAAAGAUCACAACAAGCUCAUCGACCAUCCUGACGGUGUCCUGGCAAACACCCUGCGGCCCAUAUUUACCCCAUCAACGCCAGACAACUUUGGAUUCAUCACCUACAGCGAUCAACCUCCUCCAAUAGGAACAGGUCCUGCCUCUAAGUUUGGCCACAGUAAAGGAGUUGUGAUGAUGAAUAAAGACGAGACAGGAGUCUGGCUCUCACACAGCACACCACAGUUCCCUUUCACAAGAGAUCAAAAUAACUUCUACCCACCCAGCGGAGCAAUGAAUGCUCAGACGUUUAUCUGUGUAACAUUCAACUACAACCAGUUCCAACACAUAGGUCAACAUCUGCUGGACAUCGCAGCUUUCCCGUUUGAUCAUCAUAUUCCAGACCGCUUCCAUAAAGAGCUUAUAGAUGUUACAGAGAAAGACUUGAAGAAAAGACCAAAACGUGACGCAAAUCAAGUCAAAAAUCGGGAGCUGCCAUCAGCACUAUCAAUGUCAGCAGGAUUUGUAUCAGCUGAAUUAAUAGCAGGAAUAAUAUCAGCAGGAUUAACGAUUGAAAGCAUUGCUAAGAAACAGUAUAUGGACGAGAUGGACCUUGUUCUCCUGAUCACCUCCACGUUCACUCUUUCUAGGAACAAUGAGCCUUGUCUGCCUAACCCUGACAACGAAGCGUAUAGAAUAUUUGUUAAGAAACACAUCGUUACCCGGACCUUUGACAGAAGCUCUACCGAUGAAUGGGAAAGAUAUCUAUAUAAACUGUUCUCUCUGCCUCCCCAACAUCACAGACCAACAACACAGACAGUGUCGCUGUGUCACCAAGCUUCAGGAACUUCAGUGUACCUCUUUCUGGUUUGACCAGGACUUUACCUUUACCUUUAACACAGGGAGUUAUGUGGAGGAUUCUCCUGACGGUCAGUCUGCUCUGCUGGAGCGCUGACGGCAGAGUGACCUGCAAAAACGAAAAGGAUCAACCAGUGGACUG